AACUCUUUCUUCUGCGAGCGGUAUGUGAGUGAGGCAGUAGCUAAUGGCGAUCUCCGGGAAUCUCAAGGUGUUCGUCGGGGCCUGCACUCCGCAUCCCAAUUACCGCCCUCUCAACUCCAUUCUUCCUUCCUCUAAGGUACACUUUGGUCAUUUCCUUAAUGGAGCUAGUGAUCUCAAAAUUGCACAUAAAUGGCUGCAUAUGGAAUCAUUAGCUACUAAUACAGCAAACCACAGCCAAGUUUGCCUUGGGAUUGGAAGAAAUAAUUUGUCGCCAACGAUAAACCAAGAUGCUGACGGUAACCUUUUAAAUGUUGUCAAUAUGAGCUUCUUUGAUCGUCUUGGUUUGGCAUGGAAAUUAUUAUUUCCCACAACGAAAGCAAGAAGGAAUACAAAUGCAAGAAUCGCAAAGCAGAGGCUUAAAAUGAUAUUAUUCUCUGAUAGAUGUUCAAUCAGUGAUGAAGCGAAGCAAAAGAUUGUGGGCAAUAUAAUCGAAGCCUUAUCCAAAUUUGUGGAGAUUGACUCACAGGACAAAGUUCAACUUAAUAUGUCCACUGACACAGACCUUGGUACUGUUUAUUCGGUAACCGUUCCCGUCCAGCGUGUGCUGCCGGAGCACCAAGAUUCUGAAGAAGAUUACAGAGGGAAAAUAUCAAGCACCGAGUAUAAAGACACUGGAGAAACAUCUGCCACCGUUGAUGUCACGUUUGAUUUCUUCCUACCAGAUGAGAACUAAAGAGAAAAUUAUGCAUUCAAAUAUAUAAGAAGUUCAUUCACGUUUCAAGGAAGAAGCAACAUGUCCCCGUUGCCUGUUGCUGUUGUCGCUUAUGUAACCAUUGUGCCCCUUUGAAUGCAGAAGCUUUGUAAAUAUCAGGAACUCUUUAUGUUGACUGCGUGUGCAUGUAGUAGUGUAAAGAGUUGAUGGAUUCAUUUCAUGGCUUUGCAUAUGAACGUCUCUUAUGCUUACAUGUGAAUGUACUAAAGGAUUUUACUUUCUGCC